UCGGUAAUGGACGAAGCACCUAUACCGCAUUUGUUUUUCCUUAUCACGACUCAAAAUUUAUCGUUACUAUCAAUAAUACCCUUCAAGGUUCCCUCGAAAACGGAUUCCUAUUAGUUGUUUGGAGUCUAAGUUCAAAAACGCGUCUUUUUUUUUCGAUUUCACGAUGAAAGUGAUAGUGAAAUCGGUUUUGGCCGAGACGGAGUUAGAAGCUCCCCCAAAAUCACUGUUCAGGGAUAUUUUCUUGAUGAUCUGUAGGAGUUUGGGACUGCAGGAGACGUGGUUUUUCGGUUUGUGCUACCGACCCAGGCAGUCGACCGAUUUGGUGUGGUUGGACACGUCCAAAAAGGCCCUCAAAGACCUACCAGAAGCAGCCAGAGACCUGAAUUUUCGAAUAAAAUACUACCCAGAAGACGUGGCUAGCGAACUGAUCGAGAACAUCACCAUCCAGGUCUUCUACACAGAAGUUAAAGCUGCCAUCCUGUCCAGCGAAAUCUUCUGUCCAGCGGACACGGCAGCUUUGCUGGCAUCCUACUCCUUGCAGGUCAAGUUCGGCGACUACGAUGAUCAGAAGCACGAUGAAGAAUUCGUGGUCAAGCAGACCUUGCUGCCGAAGAGGGUUAUAAAACAGCAUGAUCUCGACGCUAUGACGUGGACAGAAAGUCUGACAAGUAUGUGGAAAAAAUUGGCAGGAAUGGACUCUGAAGACGCCAUGUUGGAGUACUUGAAACUGGCUCAAAACCUAGAUAUGUACGGGGUAUUCUACUUCGACAUCCUAAACAAAAAACGGACCAAACUGUUGCUAGGUGUCAACGCCCUAGGGUUGGACAUAUUUGUGCCCGAAGAUCAGUUGAAUCCUCAGGUAUCCUUCCCAUGGUCAGAAAUAAAACAUCUAACCUUCAGGGACACAAAAUUCAUAAUCAAACCUGUAGACAAAAAGGCACCAACUUUCACAUUCUUCACGACCAGUGGAAAGAGCAGCAAGCAAAUCUUGAACUUGGGAGUUGGAAAUCACCAGCUUUACGUGAGAAGAAGAAAGCCAGACACUCCAGAAGUUGCUAAGAUGAGGGAGAAGGCUAAUGCUGUCAGAGAACUGAGGGAAAAUCACAAGGACAAACUCAACAUAGAAAGAACUGCAAGGGAAGAAGCUCUUCGUAGAGAAAUGGAGUACCAGAAGCAGCUAAAAAAAAUGCAAGAUGAACUGGAACAAAGCAGGAAGACUCUCGUGGAGGCCAAUCAAAUAAUUCGGCAACUACAGGAUCAGCUACACGAGCUACAGGAGGCCAAACAAGAGCUAGAAAUCGAACAAAGAGAACUCAAAUCCAUGAUCGAACGAUUGCAAGAAGCCAAAAACAUGGAAGCUGAGGAAAAAUCCAAACUCGAGUGGGAAAUAAUGGAAAAACAGAAGAUGGUGCAGAAGAUACAGGACGAAGUGGCUGCUAAGGACGAAGAGACCAAGAGGUUACAGGAGCAAAUAGAGCUCGCGCGAAGGAAGGAGGAGGAAUACAGGAUUCAACAGCAGAAAGCUGAAGAAGAAAGGUUGCUGGAGAAGGCUAGGUUGGAGGAGGAAGCUAAGAGACGAGCAGAACUCGAGGCUGUACCAGAUAAUGCCAAUACUGAACUUCCGGAAGUUGUAAAAGUGAACGAAAAUCUUCAGGAGCAACUCAAGUCGCUACAAAGUAAACUAGAGGAGUCGUUCAAGAAGGAAGAAGAAACAUCUUUUGAUAAAAUACACAGAAUUAACGUUAUGGAAGGAAGGGAUAAAUAUAAGACUUUGGCUGAUAUCAGAAGGGGAAAUACUGUGAGACGUAUAGAAAUGUUCGAGAAUAUGUGAAGAAAUUAAUAUAUAUUCAAAAUUUACUCAUCUAGUCGAUAUACAUAAUAACUUAUUUAUAAUAGAUAUACGUUUAAAAUAUUUUAUUACAAAUUAUUUGACAAUAAUUGAAAAAUGAACUCAAGUUACCCUAAAAGAGAUUGUUUGGUUUCAGAUUUUUAAUCUUGUUUUCGAUAAAGAUGUAUUUAUGUAUUAUACAACAGUGUAUUAUGAUUCUGAUCAUCAUAGCGACAGUAUUGAAUGAAUGUAAUCGUUUAUAUCUAAAUAAAUUUUUUCACAUUU